AUGGAUAAUAUCCCUUAAGGAGAUUAGUAAUACUAUUACUAUAAAGUACCAUAAAAGUAAAGUGAAAGAGAGAAACACAUUUUCACUAUAAGCGAAGAUAGCAAACACAAUUUCAUUCACUCUUAGAGAAUCAUUUAAUAGCAUUCUGAUAAAAAUAAAUUGAAUUGGUAAGUCACUUCUUAUGAUUUUUAGGAGUAGUUAAGUAAUAAUGAGUAUAAAAUGAAUUAUUAAAAUUAAGUCCAGCUUGAUUAAGAAAUAUGGUCAUCUUAAAGGACUUAUGAAGAGUAUGUUAAGAGGUUUGUUCCUGUUUGUCAGGAGAGAUUUGGAACUAAUGUAAGAGUAGAUGUUACUUCAGGAGAGAUGAAGUAGUACUGGUCCUCGUUUGUUAGAAUGACUAUCCUUGAAAAGAUUUUAAGUUAAAUUAUUUAAUAAUCAAGAAACAAAGAUAUUUUCAUAAUAUUAUUCAUGCGUGCUUAGGAAGUAGCCAUUUUUACAGAGUUAAAAAAUAAUUUUGCUAAUUUAAAUGCAAGAUGUGAUAUUUUCUUUGUAAAUAUUGGAAAUUAUAACUUGAAAAAGCAUUUAUCCUUUGCAUCAGCACUUUAAAAAAACUACUCAACAGAAUAAUUGAAUCAUAAAAUCUGCUACGCAUUUGAAUAAUAUUACAGUGGUAAAGAUUUAGAAUAAUAUUAGGAUAAUUAGUAUUAUUACAUCUAAUAAGUUGUCUCAGAAAUUAUUCCUUAAUUAAAUAUUCAAGAAGUUGUAAAUGUCUAAGCUGAAGUAUAGCAAUAUCCUUGGUCAUAGCCUUCCAAAAAGGUAAUUAGAGGAACUUAUGUUGUUUCAAAAGAAAAUUAUGGUGAUUAGAUCUAAUUAUAAGAUAAUCCUAAUGAAUUUAUUUUCAAAGAGAGAAAUUUAGAUGUUGAUGAUAUGAUUGAUAUAUUUUCUACUUGGAUCAAUGAUCUUCUAGUUAGAUAUGGCCAAGAUUAGAUUGAAAAGAACACAAUUGAAAAGGCUAUUGAAUUUUUAACAAACUACAUGGAUAAAAUUGUAAAUCAAAUAAAUAUCACUAAUAUCCCUAUUGACAAGCCUAUACAGAAUAUGACUGUUAGAUAGCGUCUUAUUGCUUAAUAAUCAAAUCGUGUUCGUUAUAAUCUAAUAGUCCUCAUUAAAUCUCUAUCUAACUUAUUAACAAAGGACACAGUAGGCAAUUUGAAUGGUGAAGAAGAAUCAGAAAGAAUAAAAAUUGGAACUGAAAUUGGUAAGUUCCAUUAAAGAGCUCUUGUUAUGAGAGGUUUAGAUGUAGAAACAUUCAUCAAAAUGAAGAAUUUCUUUAUUGAUGAGUUAUUAAUGGUUAAAUCUUCCAUUCACUAAGAAAGUGACCAAGAAAGAUCUAUUUUUUCUCUUGAAAACAUGAAAGAUGUAUUUCUAUAAGAAGAUAUGGUAGAUGGUCUAAAGGAAGUUAAAAGUUAAUACCAUUUAAUAUCAGCUUUCCCUUUAAUAGGCUUAGGAGUCAAGCUUUAAAGAUCAGAUGGUUCUAUGAUUAACCCUUAUCUUGUUCAAAUUGUAGACAUAGCUCGUAUAAAUGCCAACGUAGAUACAAUUUCUAUUUAAAAUACUCCAGACAAAGAACUAAACUUAAAUGCAGGUUUUUAUCUUGGAGCUGAAGGUGGUACUAGAAGCUAUUUUGAGCAGAAGCAUGGUUAUAAACCUCUAAAAUGGACAGAAUAUUAACCUAAAAAACAACUAGUCCAAGAGUUAAAUUAAUAUUAGCUCUUUUAUUACAAGUCUGAAUAGCUUAAAGAAAAAAUAGAUGCAGUUGUUCCCUUAUUUGGUCCUAAAGACUAUGAUCUUAAGCCUCUUUUGGCUACUUCUUUCUUUCAUGUUUUGAUGAAUUUUAAUGUCAUGCAUAAUGUAGACACUUGCUAUUCAGAGGCAUAUUUAGCUUUGUUGUCUAAUCUUUUAAUUUUUUUACUAAACUAAGAAUAAUCCACUUAUAUUAAUGAGCUACUAGACAAAAUUUACCACUCUAUAGAAAUUGUAUAUGGAGAUAGGCCAUUUUUCAAAACCUACUGUGAGAUGCUCUUAAACUAACCUAGAUAAGCAAUGAUAACCUAUCAUGAGGGACAUCCAACUUAAUGUUAAGAUCCCUCUAAGGCACUUGCAGCCUUAUUCUAUCUCUACAAAAAAGACUAAAUUAAAGAUAAAAAUAAAAUAAAAUAGAUUUUAGAAGCAAUUUUAUAAGAAAUAGUUUCUAGGAAUAUCAAAAAUCUAGAAAAACUUCAUACAUAUUUUGGAAUUGUUAAUUAUGAUAUGUCUGAAUUGUAAAAAAUUGAGUCAAAUGUUAUUGAAUAAGUAGUAGGAGAUGUUAAAUAAUAUCCAUCCGUCCGCACAGUUAUGAGUGUGGUUGAAACUGCUCUUAAAGAAAAAAAUUACUUUGAAUUUACAAAAAAAUGCAAGAUUUAUAUCCACAAAGAUAGUUUCAAUUUUAUGAAUUACGGAAAAUUAAAUUUUUUCACAAGCAUGAAAGCUAUCUGUAACUAUUUUCUUCCUUCUGAAAAAUUUAGUGGAGGAUUGCUAUGGAUUUGGCUUCUUCAUGCAUAGAAGUAUCCAAACAACUAUGAUAGAAAUACCUCUGAAGUCGAAGAAAAUAUUUAUAAAGUGUACAGCAAUAUUAAAAAGUAAAAGAGCAUUUAUUUUAUUAAAGAAGAAUCUUUGAAAAUUUAUAACAAUUGCUACAAAAUUCUAAAAUAAAAAUACUAAGAAGAAAUGUUUAGCUUACAUCAAGAAGCAACUCCACUUAUCCAAAAAUAGAUAGAUUACCUCUUAAAUGAAGAAAAUAAAUUUAACAUUUCUUUCAAUAAUGCAUCUAAUUUAGCCAGAAAUUGCUGUUUAUCACCUAAAUGCCCAUUCUAUUUAAAGAAAAUGCCAAAUGUUGCUGAACAUAUAAAAGAUAUUGACUGUGUUAUCCCUGCUUUCCACAAAACUGUUAAAAUAAUGAAGGGAAGAGAUGCAGAAUCAAUUUUUAAUGCAAUAUGCAAGGGAACUCACCUUGAACACCAUAACUAAUUAGAACUAAUUAAGCUAGCUCAUAGAUUACAAAGUGAAAGAGUCUAAUACUUUUUAUUACAUAAGAAGAAAGAUCACUACAUAAACCUCAUCGAAAAACUCCUUGAAGAAUACAAAGUCAUUCAUACAAACAAAGUAUGA